AUGUCAUCUCGGCUGGAGGACGGGUCGAGGGUCGUGCCUGGGGGAUCACAUGGUACCGAGGUCGUGCAGGGACGACGCAGUGCAAGCAGCCUGCUCGAAGAUCUGUCCACUGAAGAUCUGUCCACUGAAGAUCUGUCCACUGAAGAUCUGUCCACUGAAGAUCUGUCCACUGAAGAUCUGUCCACUGAAGAUCUGUCCACUGAAGAUCUGUCCACUGAAGAUCUGUCCACUGAAGAUCUGUCCACUGAAGAUCUGUCCACUGAAGAUCUGUCCACUGAAGAUCUGUCCACUGAAGAUCUGUCCACUGAAGAUCUGUCCACUGAAGAUCUGUCCACUGAAGAUCUGUCCACUGAAGAUCUGUCCACUGAAGAUCUGUCCACUGAAGAUCUGUCCACUGAAGAUCUGUCCACUGAAGAUCUGUCCACUGAAGAUCUGUCCACUGAAGAUCUGUCCACUGAAGAUCUGUCCCUGCAGAUUGAAGUUUAUCAGAAGUCUGUAAGUGCACUCACCUUGAGAUGCUCGACGAAUAAAGUCGCACGCGAGGAGUCGCGCUGCCUCGACAGUUCCCAGCUGUCCACACUAGCAGACAUCUGCUCGGAGCAGCAGCGCAACAGCGCGGCUCUUAACAUGCCGACAGAACAGUGGCAAAGUAAACAUCAAGAAAUUGAUCCAAGACUUGCCCACAAGGUGGAAUUCAACCCUGUUAUGUUGGAACGUAUUGUUGAAUUGUCAGAGGCAGUGAAAAAUACAGUUGCCCUUAGUGACGGAAGUUCUGUGGGCCUGUUACAAUCAAAUGAUGAUUGGGAAAUCUGCUCCGCACUCUGUUCGAUUUUGAAACCGUUUGAGCAGGUUUCGAGGCAGCUCAGUGCAGAGGAGUACCCAACUGGCAGCUUGGUUAUAGUCCUGACACGUGGCCUUCUGGCAGUGUGUGACGAAAUAGCCGAAAUGCAGUUGCAUGAAGUUUCAAUGAAAGAUGUUGAUGCACUGAAAGAGGGGCUUACAAACCGACCAUCGCAAAGACCAUCACAAAGACCAUCGCAAAGACCAUCACAAAGACCAUCACAAAGACCAUCACAAAGACCAUCACAAAGACCAUCACAAAGACCAUCACAAAGACCAUCACAAAGACCAUCACAAAGACCAUCACAAAGACCAUCACAAAGACCAUCACAAAGACCAUCACAAAGACCAUCACAAAGACCAUCACAAAGACCAUCACAAAGACCAUCACAAAGACCAUCACAAAGACCAUCACAAAGACCAUCACAAAGACCAUCACAAAGACCAUCACAAAGACCAUCACAAAGACCAUCACAAAGACCAUCACAAAGACCAUCACAAAGACCAUCACAAAGACCAUCACAAAGACCAUCACAAAGACCAUCACAAAGACCAUCACAAAGACCAUCACAAAGACCAUCACAAAGACCAUCACAAAGACCAUCACAAAGACCAUCACAAAGACCAUCACAAAGACCAUCACAAAGACCAUCACAAAGACCAUCACAAAGACCAUCACAAAGACCAUCACAAAGACCAUCACAAAGACCAUCACAAAGACCAUCACAAAGACCAUCACAAAGACCAUCACAAAGACCAUCACAAAGACCAUCACAAAGACCAUCACAAAGACCAUCACAAAGACCAUCACAAAGACCAUCACAAAGACCAUCACAAAGACCAUCACAAAGACCAUCACAAAGACCAUCACAAAGACCAUCACAAAGACCAUCACAAAGACCAUCACAAAGACCAUCACAAAGACCAUCACAAAGACCAUCACAAAGACCAUCACAAAGACCAUCACAAAGACCAUCACAAAGACCAUCACAAAGACCAUCACAAAGACCAUCACAAAGACCAUCACAAAGACCAUCACAAAGACCAUCACAAAGACCAUCACAAAGACCAUCACAAAGACCAUCACAAAGACCAUCACAAAGACCAUCACAAAGACCAUCACAAAGACCAUCACAAAGACCAUCACAAAGACCAUCACAAAGACCAUCACAAAGACCAUCACAAAGACCAUCACAAAGACCAUCACAAAGACCAUCACAAAGACCAUCACAAAGACCAUCACAAAGACCAUCACAAAGACCAUCACAAAGACCAUCACAAAGACCAUCACAAAGACCAUCACAAAGACCAUCACAAAGACCAUCACAAAGACCAUCACAAAGACCAUCACAAAGACCAUCACAAAGACCAUCACAAAGACCAUCACAAAGACCAUCACAAAGACCAUCACAAAGACCAUCACAAAGACCAUCACAAAGACCAUCACAAAGACCAUCACAAAGACCAUCACAAAGACCAUCACAAAGACCAUCACAAAGACCAUCACAAAGACCAUCACAAAGACCAUCACAAAGACCAUCACAAAGACCAUCACAAAGACCAUCACAAAGACCAUCACAAAGACCAUCACAAAGACCAUCACAAAGACCAUCACAAAGACCAUCACAAAGACCAUCACAAAGACCAUCACAAAGACCAUCACAAAGACCAUCACAAAGACCAUCACAAAGACCAUCACAAAGACCAUCACAAAGACCAUCACAAAGACCAUCACAAAGACCAUCACAAAGACCAUCACAAAGACCAUCACAAAGACCAUCACAAAGACCAUCACAAAGACCAUCACAAAGACCAUCACAAAGACCAUCACAAAGACCAUCACAAAGACCAUCACAAAGACCAUCACAAAGACCAUCACAAAGACCAUCACAAAGACCAUCACAAAGACCAUCACAAAGACCAUCACAAAGACCAUCACAAAGACCAUCACAAAGACCAUCACAAAGACCAUCACAAAGACCAUCACAAAGACCAUCACAAAGACCAUCACAAAGACCAUCACAAAGACCAUCACAAAGACCAUCACAAAGACCAUCACAAAGACCAUCACAAAGACCAAAACGGGGGGUGCAGUCCAUGUUAAACGGCAAGGGGUAG